ACCAUGAGGUCUGGACUCUAUGGAUUGCACAGAGAUGAUCUGGGGAUUCCCUAUGGGAAUCUUUAUAGGACCAGGAUCCCCUAUAGAUACUCCCCCCAGGGAUCCCUAUAGACCCAGCAUCCUCUAUAGACCCCUAUAGAAAUCUCUACGGGCUCAGGGAUCUCCUAUAGACCCCCCCUCCAGGCAUCCCUAUAGGGCUGGUAUCCUCUAUAGACCCCUAUAGGGUUCUCAAUGAGCUCAAGGAUCCCCUAUAGACCCCUCCCAGGGUUCCCUAUAGGGCCCCUAUAGCGCUCCCGUAGGGGCCGUUGGUGAUGUCACAGCCCAUUGGGAGUGUGGUGGCACUUCUGGGUUGGCCCCUGACAUCACGUCAUGCAAUAGUGACAUCACUUCCUGCUCUGGUGAUGACCUCACUGCUUGGGCUGGGCCCAUCAUGCAUCCUGGUAAGUUGAUGACAUCAUUUCCUGGGCCCUUGGUGAUGUCAGAGGUUGGUUGGGGUCAGGGAUAAUUCUCUACGAGUGAUGUCACUUGCCUGCUGGUGAUGUCACUUCCGGGCCCUGGCGCAGUGGGAACUUGUCACGUUGGCUCCCUUCUGUCUCCGACGUCAUCCAUUGCCCGGUGGUGACGUCACAGCCAUGUCAGAGCCCCGCGCUCUGCAAUGCAGUACUCACUAUCCCGCAAGCAAGUGCUGUCCUGUGUGACGGUGACACAUGUUGGCCUGUGUUGCUCCCUGUUGACCCAUGUCAGUCCGUGUUGGCCCACAUUGAUGUGUUGCCCCUUGUUGACCCCUGUCAGUCUGUGUUGGCCCACGUUGACCUGUAUUACUCCUUCUUGACUCAUGUCAGUCCAUGUUGGCCCAUGUUGGCCCGCAUUGAUGUGUCACCUCUUGUUGACCCGUGUCAGUCUGUGUUGGCCCGUGUUGACCUAUGUCACUCUUUGUUGACUCCUGUCAGUCCAUGUUGGCCCAUGUUUGCCUGCAUUGACCUGUGUUACUCCCUGUUGACCCAUGUCAGUCCAUGUUGGCCUGCGUUGAUGUGUCUCCCCUUGUUGACUCGUGUCAUUCUGUGUUGGCCCAUGUUGAUGUGUCAUCCCUUGUUCACUCAUGUCAGUCCAUGUUGGCCCAUGUUGACCUGUGUCACUCCCUGUUGACCCAUGUCAGUCUAUGUUGGCCCAUGUUGGCCUGUGUUGAUGUGUCACUCCUUGUUGACCUGUGUCAGUUUGUGUUGGCCCGUGUUGGCCCACAUUGACCUGUGUCACCCCUUGUUGACCCCUGUCAGUCCGUGUUGGCCCAUGUUGGCCCUUGUUGAUGUGUCACUCCCUGUUGACCCAUGUCAGUCCAUGUUGGCCCACAUUGAUGUGUCGCCCCUUGUUAACCCCUGUCAGUCUGUGUUGGCCCAUGUUGGCUCACAUUGACCUGUGUCACUCCUUGUUGACCCCUGUCAGUCCAUGUUGACCAGUGUUUCUUGACCCGUGUUGACCCACACUGAUCCAUGUUGCUCCAUGCUGACCUGUGUCACCCUGUGUUGCUCCAUUUUGACCCAUGUUGUCCCCUGCCACUGCUCCGUGUUGUCCUGUGCCACACCAUGUUGACUCGUGUCAGUCUGUGUUGGCCGGUGUUGAUGCAGUCUUGAACCUUGUUGACCCAUGUUUGUUGACCCAUAUUGGACCAUGUUGAUCUGUGUUGACCCACGCUCAUCUCUGCUGCUUUUUAUUGGUGACCCGCGUUGAAAUGUGUUGACCCGCAUUGAUCUAUGUUGACCUGUGUUGACCCAUGUUGAUCCAUGCGGACCCAUGUCACACUCUGUUCAUCCAUUUUGACCCAUGUAGACCUGUGCUGACUCAUGUCAUGAUGCUGACCCGUGUUGAUUUGUUGAUCCACGUUGAUCCCAGUUGACCUGUGUUGACACGUGUUGACACGUGUCAUCCCAUGUUCCUCCGCUCUCACAUGUGAUGACAUCACUCUGUACAGAUUCCCUUUUGUAUGACACAGUGCACCACCACCACCACCACCCCCCGGUGCAGGGGGUAACCCCCAUGAAGGUUCCUACAACACCUCCAUCCCUUGGGGGGGGGAGGGGGGACACCCACAUUUUUGGGUGCCCCAGGGAGGUGCCCAGAUGCCUUUGGGUUCCUAAGGGUGGUGUCCCUCUGAGUCCCUCCGGCAAAGGCGGGUGACAAUGCUCAAGGGUUGGAGCUGGUGGAGCUGAACUGAUCUGGGACAUCUGAGUGCCCCCAGGGGCAUCGGGGGCGGGCUCCACGCCCUGUGGGUAGAGCCUGAGGGGGGGGGGGAGGGGCCCACACCCCUGGGUCCUCCCGUGCCCGCGGCCUGGGUGGCACAAGGAGUUCCCGGCCAUCGGUCACCCGUGUCCCACAGGCCUGGGCUCGGCAUCACCAGGACGGACGUGCAGGAGGCCCCCCCCCCCUCAGUUUGUGCCAUGGUGGACGAGGGGGACAGGGGACAAUGUGGGCCCCCCCGGCUGGCACAGGCACAGUACCGCAGGCACCUGGAGGAGGAGCUUCGGGACCUGAGCAGCCAGGUGGCAGCACUGGGGCGGAGCCUGGCAGCGGAGAGGGGGCGUGGCCUAGCAGCAGGCGGGGCCCUGCGGGCACUGGAAAUCGCAGUGGGUGGAGCCCAGGCCCGGGUGGGCGGAGCUUAUCGGGCACGAGACCGGGCCUAUGAGCGCUUGCGCCAGCAGCAGGCAGUGGAAGCAGCCCAGCAUGCCCGGCGGCGGGUCGAGCAGGAGCGGGAUGACAUGGCUGCCCACGUGCCCCGCCCACCCAGCCCCACGGGGGGCCGGGACCCUGCAGGGCUGCAGGCAGCGCUGGACGAGCUGCGGGAGCACAACCAAGUGCUGCAGCAGCGCCUGCAGCAGCGCCAGGCCCAGGUGGAGGAGCUGCGGCAGGCGCUGGCAGCGGCAGGGGCGCAGGCGCGGGAGGCAGCGCGGGCGCGGGACCAGCUGGAGCAGGAGCAGCGGGUGCUGCGGGAGCGGCUGCAGCACCCUGGGGUGCCCCACGGCCCCACCGAGGCCACUCUGCGUGCCCGCUGCCUGCACCUCCAGGAGCUCCUGCACCGUGAGGCCGGGGCGCGGGCGGCACUGAGCCGGGCAGCGCGGGCAGCGGGGCGACGGCUGCGGGUGCUGAUGAUGGAGGUGGAGGAGCAGCGGCUGCGGGGGGAGCGGUACCGCCUGCAGGCGCAGGCCAGCGAAGCACUGGGGCGGGCGCUGGGGGAGCGGAUGGCUGCGGUGGCCGCUGGGACAGCGCGUGCCCAGGCCCAGGGCCACUGCCUGCGUCGAGCGCUUGAGGCUGUUGGGGAUGGGGCCGCGGCCACUGCACGCCAUGUGGCCGCCCUGCGGGCUCGCCUCAGGUGCGACCCACUGACGCUGUCCCGCACGGUGCGCCGCAUGCUGCGGGAGGAGGACGAGGACAGCGAGGACAGCGAGGACAGCGAGUCCUCACCCUGGACCCUCCGGGAGCUCCUCGAAACCCCCCUGGGUUCAUGGGGGGGUCUCGAAACUGCCCCCAAGGAGCCCCACCAGAGGGCUGCUGGUCCGGGGGGUGGCCUGGAAACUGCCCCCAGCACUGGGGGGGACCCUUGAAACCACCUCUGGGGGCCCAGCCCUGGAAGUGCCUCCGGGGGUCCCCAAGGAGCAGGGGCGGGGCUUAUUGGGGCGGGGUAUAUUGUGGCCGGGCCUGCUCAUACUCAUUAAAGUACCUUCAAGAUGGA